AUGGCAGUAGAAGGAAGAAUAGUAUGGGUUAGCGGUCCUGCAGUGAGGGCAGACGGAAUGGCCGCGGCAAAGAUGUACGAGACCGUCACGGUGGGCAAUGCCAAGCUGAUAGGCGAAGUAAUCCGCCUUACCGGAGAUGUGGCAUUCAUACAGGUGUACGAGUCCACCAGCGGACUCACGCCGGGCGAACCGGUUGUGGGCACUGGAAACCCACUAUCCGUACUUUUGGGACCCGGAAUCAUUGGUCAGAUUUAUGACGGCAUACAGAGACCCCUCAAGGAGCUCUCAAAGAAGUCCGGCUCUUUUAUCGGCAGAGGGAUCGUUACCACUCCGGUGGAUAUGACCAAAAAGUAUCACUUUAUACCCACAGCAUCGGUGGGCGACUCGAUCGAGUCGGGAAACAUAAUCGGUACCGUCAAGGAGACCGAUCUGAUCGAUCAUGGAAUAAUGGUGCCCCCGAACCACCCCGGCGGCAAGAUCACCGACAUCGUCUCCGAGGGCGACUACGACCUCGAGACCGAGAUUGCAACAGUAGAGAAGGACGGCCAAAAGUCUCCCCUCAAGAUGUACCACAGGUGGCCUGUACGAACCCCCCGGCCCUACAAGGCCCGGUACGAUCCAACGGUACCGCUACUCACGGGCCAGCGGGUCAUCGAUACCUUCUUUCCCAUCGCAAAGGGAGGCACGGGCUCGAUUCCUGGCGCCUUUGGAACGGGCAAGACAGUCACGCUACACCAGAUUGCAAAAUGGGCCGACUCUCAAGUGGUAGUCUACAUCGGCUGCGGCGAGAGGGGAAACGAGAUGACAGAGGUGCUAGUGGAGUUCCCGCACCUCAAGGACCCGCGAACCGGCAAGCCGCUGAUGGACAGGACAGUCCUGGUGGCAAACACAAGCAACAUGCCUGUGGCAGCCAGGGAGGCCAGCAUAUACACGGGAGUCACCAUAGCCGAGUACUAUCGCGACAUGGGAAAGGAUGUCGUGCUUGUAGCAGACUCUACCAGCCGGUGGGCCGAGGCUCUCCGCGAGAUGAGCGGAAGGUUGGAGGAGAUGCCCGCAGAGGAGGGAUACCCGUCAUAUCUGGCAUCCCGACUGGCAGAGUUCUACGAGAGGGCCGGCCGCGUGAAGGCACAGGGAAGCCCCCAGCGUGACGGCUCGGUUACCCUGGUGGGCGCAGUAUCGCCGUCCGGUGGCGACUUUACCGAGCCCGUAACAACGCACACCAUGAGAUUCAUCAAGACCUUCUGGGCGCUGGAUGCCAAGCUGGCGUACUCGAGGCACUAUCCAUCCAUCAACUGGAUGAACAGCUACUCUGGAUAUCUGGCAGAUAUCGCAAAGUGGUGGAGCAAGAACAUCGGCGAGGACUGGCUGGCCCUUCGAAGCGAGGUUUACGGCGUGCUUCAGAGGGAGGAUACCCUGAAGGAGAUAGUGCGGCUGCUGGGACCAGAGGCGCUGCCAGACGAGGAGAAGCUGAUACUGGAAGUUGCAAGAAUGAUCAAGAUAGGUAUCCUGCAGCAGAACUCGUUUGAUGACGUAGACACCUACUGCAGUCCUGAAAAGCAGUAUCGCCUGCUGGAGAUGCAAGUCGAGUUCUACAGGCGCGGACAGCAGGUGCUCAAGGAGGGAGCCACGCUAGUGGAUAUCCGGGCAAUGCCCAUAAUCUCAUCAAUACUAAAGGCCAGAAUGAGUAUCAAGGAUGACGAGAUGCCCAAGUUUGCCACACUGUUAAAGGAUAUGGACGAGCAGUUCAAGAGUAUCAAGGGGGUAAAGGUCUCAAGUUGA